AUGGUUCCUCCUACUGCUGUUGAGUCGCUGAUUAACUUUUCGGGCCACCCCACCAUCAAGCUGAACCAAGACCCCCUUGUGCAACAGUUGCUGUUGAAGGAUGACACCAUCAUCCGCCACAACGCUUCGCCCGCCACUCUUUACGAAGACGGUUUGCAAGAAAAGGGCACCACCAUCUCGCUGACCGGUGCCUUGAUGGCCUACUCCGGUAAGAAGACCGGUCGUUCGCCUUCGGACAAGAGAAUUGUCGAGGAAGAAACCUCGUCGCAACACAUCUGGUGGGGGCCCGUCAACAAGCAAGUUGACGAGUUGACCUGGAAGAUCUCGAGAUCGAGAGCUUUGGACUACUUGCGCACCCGUGAGAAGUUGUUCGUCGUCGACGCUUACGCCGGCUGGGACCCUCGUUACAGAAUCAAGGUGAGAAUCAUCUGUGCCCGGGCUUACCACGCUCUUUUCAUGAACAACAUGUUGAUCCGCCCCACCAAGGAAGAAUUGGAAAACUUUGGCGAACCCGACUUCACCAUUUACAACGCCGGUCAAUUCCCCGCUAACAUCCACACCAAGGGUAUGACCUCGGCCACCUCCGUUGAAAUCAACUUCAAGGACAUGGAAAUGGUCAUCUUGGGUACCGAAUACGCCGGUGAAAUGAAGAAGGGUAUCUUCACCGUCAUGUUCUACUUGAUGCCCAUCAAGCACAAGGUCCUUACCUUGCACUCGUCGGCUAACCAAGGUGUCGAAAAGGGUGACGUCACCUUGUUCUUCGGUCUUUCGGGUACCGGUAAGACCACUUUGUCGGCCGACCCCAACAGAAAGUUGAUCGGUGACGACGAACACUGCUGGUCUGACCAAGGUGUGUUCAACAUUGAAGGUGGUUGCUACGCUAAGUGCAUUGACUUGUCCGCCGAAAAGGAACCCGAAAUUUUCAACUCGAUCAAGUUCGGUGCCAUCCUUGAAAACGUCGUCUACGACCCCGAAACCAAGGUUGUCGACUACACCGACUCGUCCAUCACUGAAAACACCAGAUGUGCCUACCCCAUCGACUUCAUCCCCUCGGCCAAGAUCCCUUGUCUCGCCGACACCCACCCUUCGAACAUCAUCUUGUUGACCUGUGACGCCUCGGGUGUGUUGCCCCCCGUGUCCAAGUUGACCAACUCGCAAGUGAUGUACCACUUCAUCUCCGGUUACACCUCGAAGAUGGCCGGUACCGAAGAAGGUGUCACCGAACCUCAAGCCACCUUCUCCGCUUGCUUCGGUCAACCCUUCUUGGUGUUGCACCCCAUGAAGUACGCCCAACAAUUGUCGGACAAGAUCACCCAACACAAGGCCAACGCCUGGUUGCUCAACACCGGUUGGGUUGGUGCUGGUGCCGCUCAAGGUGGUAAGAGAUGCCCCUUGAAGUACACCAGAGCCAUCUUGGACGCCAUCCACUCGGGUGCCUUGAACGAAGUCAACUACGAAACCUUCCCCGUCUUCGGCUUGCAAGUGCCCACCCUGUGCCCCGGUGUCCCUGCUGAAAUCCUUAACCCCACCAACGCCUGGACCCAAGGUAAGGAAUCGUUCGAAGCCCAAAUCAAGUCGCUUGCUGGCAAGUUUGUUGAAAACUUCAAGAAGUACGCUGACCAGGCCACUGAGGAAGUUAAGGCUGCCGGUCCUACCGCCUAA